UACUUAUGACUUGCUCAACCUCUGAUCUCACAGCAAUUCUGCGUGGUAGUACUACCAGACUACUUGUCUCGAGUGGUUUCUCUGCUCGCUCGAUGCGUCGCGGGACAGGCACCGCGUGGUGGUUGCUCGUCGCAGCCGCCGCGCUCCUGGUCCUGGUUCUGCCGCUGCUCGCCUCCUGCGCGGCCUCCGCACGUCCUCCUCCAGUGCCGCCGCGAGGUGGCGGCGACGCCGGGCUGGGUGGAGGGAGGGAGCUAGCGGCCAUGGGAGCUGCGAGGCGGUUGGGGCAGAGGACGCCGGUGAACAAGCCUCCCUCACCCAACCCCCACCGCGCGUCGGCGACGGCCGUGCCGCCGCCACCGCCUGACUAGCUAGGACCAAGGUCAGGGGCGGGAGUAGUAAAUGCUUUGCUGAUACGUGUAUGCAAUGGUGCCUGCGAUCGCCUAGCUAGGCAACUAGCUAUGUUCUUCCUGGUCGGUAUCAGAGAAGAAACAACUAGCAGCUGUGCACAAUACUUGUUUUGCUUCCGAUAAAUCAUGGAACAGGAAACAUGUGGGGAUAUACACCAACUGAUAACCUUGAUAAAUUCGAUGGUCUAUCUUUGCUAAUUGUGUGCUCUGUUAAUUCAAUGAAUACACAAUUCCGUUCAAAAGAAAAUGUACACACAGUUGAUUGUCAUUAAUUCUCGUUCUCCACACAAAAAUUUGGAAAGUGAAAUUACCCCUGAAGAUCAAGAUCUUCAUGUGGCUUGUUUUGAGAAUUAAUGUGUUUAACAAAAAAAAAAUUAAAGUCAAAAGGAAACAGAUCUACCGCCGAUUCCUCUCACCUCCGGGUGACUACUGGCGUUAGCAAGGCUGUGAGAACCCCGGUCUGGGGUGUCAGUGUAGUCUCUUGUCGCCCUACUUUUGAUUAGGGUUAAAUCUAAAUGUAACCUACAGUGUGGUGAGGCGAUGGCGCUAUCGGCGGCAAGGAAUAAGCCCUCCUCGUUCUGAUGGUGCUGUUUGGCAUUGGUGGUGUGCGUGUGGAGCUUCCAGGACCAAAUCACGGGCCUCGUUUUUGCGUUUGUUUCAUCUACAUGACAAGGGGCGUAAUACGAAGGGGAUAUGAAGUCGCAGGGUGUUUUUUUCUCCGGUUCCUUCUUCGUC